GGGCACGAAGGUAAAGGGCCGGUUGAUGAAGUUCUGGCAGAAGAUGCCGCAGAGACAUACGGUACCGCAGUGCUGUCGAUUGUUUUCAGAUUUUGAUGCCGAGAAAUACGGGAUAUAUCAAGUUGUUUACUGCCUAGACGAUUGCGAUGCCUCGUACGGACCCAGCGCAACAACAGUUUGAUUAUUUUUCUGGUGUCCAUCCAUACAACAGCUGUAAGGAUGGUUUUUGUCUCGACUUCUAUAACUUUCGAACGAUGAUAUCGGUCGUUACCGAUCUCUUGGCGCCCGUUUACAUCAUUCUGAGCUUGAUAGCAGUAAUUUCGCGAUACAAUUCCAAGUUGAAGUUGUUGGCGUCUCAUGGAAAAACUUCCAGUGGAAAUGCAGACCUGAAAACCCAAUCGUCGACGCCAUUGUCAUCUUCGAGCCCGUCGUGGUGUUGGGUGUCAAAACGACGCUUCUCGCAUUUUUAUUUGUUAGGACUCUUUUCUACUGUUACUGUGACAUCGAUUUGGCUUUGGAGUCAUGAUGAUCACGAUACCAAUACACGACAACAUAUGCAACACAAGGCCAACAAUGACGCGAUGUUCUUGGAAACAAACAACCUUGCAAGCAACAGCAGGGUGACUUCUGUUAUUCUCUUGGUAAUGCAUCUCAUUCGCCGGGCCUACGAAUGCAUGUACGUGCAACAAUAUGCAGAGGGCUCGAGCAAGAUGCAUAUCGCAGGGUAUGCGUUGGGACUUGGCUACUAUCUUGUACUCCCACUUUUCUUUUGGGACAUUGCUGCUUUCACACAACCUCGAGCUAGCAUUGUACUUGAUGGCAAUUCUUUAGAGACGAAAAUGAGGAUGAAUACUAAUGAAUCUGCUUUAGAAACGCCUCUUUUCCUUUGGAUUAUUAUCGGUAUCAAUUUGUGGCUGCAAUAUGAACAAAACGCACACCACAGAAUCUUGGCAGAUAUGAGACGCAACCCAGUGGCUGAAGCCAAAACAAGAAUCAAAGGUGAUGAAAGUGACGUCAACACGAAUAGUGACAACAAACAUCUCAAAAGUGAUGGCAGUGACGGCAGGGAUAAUGAUUGCAACCGAAACCCUAAAAGCCGGUAUGAGCAGUAUUCACUUCCACCCUAUAUUCGAUGGUUCCGAUACGUCUUAUGCCCCCAUUACCUUGCCGAGAUACUUCUCUACUUGUCCUUUGCUAUCCUUCUAGAAAUAGCAGCAACCACAGUAAGUACAAGUAACACCUCAGACGAAUUUGUGUGUCCCAACACUAGCAGUAACGAUAGCUGUGAUGGCAAAAAUCACUCUACGAGCGGCCACGUGCUUCAUUUCAGGAAGAUUUUGUUUCUGCUUCAUCUUGGGAGAAAAUAUCGUCAAUGGAUGCUCUUUAUAUGGGUCGUUACAAAUCUGACUGUCUCAGCUCUCAAUAGUUAUGACUGGUACCAUGCCAGGUUGCACAAAGGUCACCGUGAUAACAAGAACCACGACACCUGUAGUCAAAUCGCAAGAAACGAAAAUUGCGAUCCCCGGAAAGCUCUUUUUCCAGUACUUUUAUGACAAGGAAAAAUCAUUAAAAAUGGCAAAUAAUUGAAAUCUGCAUUUGACCAUGGAAUGUGAAUUUCAUCAACAAAACAUGUUUUCUGAAGUCAUAAAAUAUUUCAAACCUGAAAUAAAAUAUUGUAUCAAAAUUCAAAAUGCGUUACACACGUACGUACGGUACGUAAGUACCUACCUUCGACAACUUCGACAGGAAAUAGAAAUUGCCACGAUUCAAAACACCAAACGCGACUAGGUCGAAAGCGGAAGAUCAACAAAAUCUAAUCUCUCAAGCAAUUGAUUGAUUCUCAACAUGCCCUCCUGUACCCCUGAAGAUUCGAUUCGCCUCCGUCGAUUAGAAAAAGUUCGCUUUCGGAAAAUAAGUGUUGAGGAGCAUUGUAACUGUUCCCUCUCUGCCUUUACAAAUUGACCUAUUUGUUCUCUUCACUUGAGAGAAAGGCUGUGCUGAACGACAACAACGACGACUAAACAAGUAACAAGGACUACAGGAGCAAUAAGAAUGGAUCGAACAACGGCUUUGCUUGCAGCUGCCCGGUUUACUUCCGCUAUCGCUCGUUUGUGCCUUGGUCCUCUAUUGCCUAUGCUGAGUUUAAGCUUAGGUUUUUCUGAGGAUUCUAAACCGAUUCUGCUCUCGGCUUAUUCAUCCGGAUAUCUUUUGACACAGAUAGGCGGCGGAUACCUAGCAGACAGGCAUGGAUAUGCAAAAAUUGUUUCCGUAACAGUCGGUCUAUCUUCGCUGAUUUUGUUCUACGUUUCUUCAUUUGCGACGACCUCGCUCGCCUGGAUUCGAGCCUUUUUUUGCUUGGGACUGGUGGCUGGUCCAUUAUUUCCUGCAGGAUCUGCUGCCAUUUCAGCAAACGUACAAGCGGAUCGAAGGGCUGCAUCUUUUGCCAUUAUUGAUGCAUCCGCUAGCGCAGGUACAACAGUUGCAUCGUUGGCACCAAUUGUGGCGGAUUAUAUGGGGUGGAGAUUCAUUUAUCGACUUACUGGUAUAUGCCUUUUACUUGUUGCACUUGGAGUGAUAUCGUCGGUGGGAUCCAACAAUGCGCCCAAAAAGAUGGCAUCGUUACCGUCGUCGUCGGCCUUGCUAUCUCAAACUUCUCACCAUUUUAAGGAUGACAAAAAUAGCAGCAAGAGCCGAAUGAUGUUGAUGAUUAAUAGCGUUCUCUUGCCGGUGGCAGUUUGUGCUUAUCUCUGUCACUGUUGUGACAAUUUUACCAAGUACAGCAUAAACUCAUGGGCCGCAACGAUGCUGGUCAACAGACACAAAGCAUCACCUGCAGUAGUAAGCAGUAUUCUUGCAGGGCAGGAGGCGGUAGGUGUAGCUUCAAAGCUCCUAAUAGGCACGAUGGUUUCCUUUCAAAGCAAUACCAUGACGUCGUCGUCGCUAUUUGUAAAGCGAGGUACGAUAUCAGCUUUUGGGUUCGUUUUACAAGGUAUAGCUCUGUGGUACGCGUUUCAGGCAGCCAACCCGUAUCAAGCGGGAUUCUUUUUUAUUGUUUCCUCUAUUGCCGCUGGGACUCAUUCGGUAGGAUUUCGACCCGUUUACUUGGAGGCAUCGCCUCCUCAUGCGGGCUCAAUCUCGGGGUUUGGCAACUCCAUUGCUAGCUGUGCUUCGGUCCUCGGUCCCAUGGUGAUUGGAUCUUCCGUUUAUCAGACUAUUGAUGUGAAACAAAUCAACCCGUUCAGAAGAGGACUAGGAUUCCUACAUCCGAGGAAGGAAAGCCUAACGAUACGCACAGAAGAUUGGUCCAAGGUUGCUUUCUAUAUGAUAUGCACCAACGUAUUAGGUGCAAUGGCUGCACUAGUCAUAGGUUACAGCUCAAUGAGAAGGCGGCAAGAGAAACAACGAAAAGAGUACACUAUUUAGAAUACCCUAGCAGGUAACCACUGCCGUCAUAAAUACUACUAACUACUGUAUCAUUUUGUUCACCUUCUUGUGCCCCUAAAUUAAAUUCAUGUGCAUAUU